UGGACAGAAGGCGCUCGUCGGUUCUUUUUCUCUUCCGGGUCAUGGUCAGGCGUGUUGCUGAACAACAUAAACGUGAAUGAUGGCGUCAGCAGAGGAAGACUUUCCCCGGGGAGGGACAGCUAAGAAGUCUGCUGACAGUAAAACCACGGUGGGACGAGCUCAAGUGGACAACCUGUUCCAGGUGCAUGAACUGACAGAGAGUAAAAAACGAAAAGGACGUGACAAAGAUGAGAGCCGAAAACUCAAAAAGCAGAAGUCAGACGGCGGCCUGACGCUCAACGCUCCUGCUAAGACCGUGGAAAUUCUUCACACCAAGAAUGUGAAGGAGGGCAUGCUGAUGCUGGGUUGCGUGAAGGCGGUGGCAGACUUCGAGGUGAGCGUGGGUCUUCCCUGUGGCCUGCAGGGCUUCCUCAGCAUCAGAAACAUCAGCGACUCGUACACCAAGCUGCUUAGCGAUCAGCUGGACUCUGACGACGCCGAGAUCUGCUCCCUGCCCCACCUGUUCCACCCCGGCAUGGUGCUCAGGUGUGCGGUUGCUCAGUUGGAUGUCACAAAAGGAGGAUUGCCGAGUAUCCAGCUGUCAAUCAACCCAAAACUGGUCAACAAGAGUGUUACUUCCAGCUCCCUGAAGGCUGGAAUGGUCCUGAGUGGGUGUGUGGAGAGUGUGGAGGAUCACGGCUGCAUUGUUGACAUCGGUGUCAGUGGAACCAAAGCUUUUCUGCCUGAAGAAGCGACGAAAACCAAACAAAACCAACCAAGAGAGCUCAGAGUGGGUCAGUAUCUGACCUGUUUAGUUGAGGCGGUGAAGAACGACGGACGGGUCGUCAGGCUCUCCGUGAACCCGGACGCGGUCGCUCAGGCGUGUGCCGAACCCAAACUGGGCUGGAGUCUCACCAACCUUCUGCCGGGCCUUCUGGUCAAAGCUACCGUCAAAAAGGUGACCAAACACGGUCUUCUGCUGGACUUCCUGUCUUCCUUUAGUGCCCAGGUGGAUUUCAUGCACAUGGAGCCUGAGCAGACAUCUACCUACACAGAGGGACUGCAGGUGCAAGCGUGUGUUCUGUACGUGGAGCCGUCCACCCGCCUGGUGGGGCUCACCCUGCGCAGGUACCUCCUCCAGCCGGGCUCUGGGAUCGACCCCGUCCCUGCUGGGAGGGACCGAGUCGGGGAGGUGCUGAAGGGGUGCAAGAUGAUCGCCAUGCACCACCUGUCCGGAGCCGUGCUAGAGUUGCCGGACGGAAGCCGAGCGUUUGUGCACAGGAACCACCUGAAGGAGCCGAACGAGCCAGCCAAUGAGAACCGAGUAUACGCAGCACCUGAGCACAGCUGCAGGAUCCUGAACUUCAGUCCCAUGGAACAGAUUCAUUUUGCCAGUUUACGAAAGAGCGUGAUUGAGAAGCUGUUCUACAGGUACCAGGACCUGAAGGCCGGUCAGGUGGUGGAGGGGACGGUGUCAUCCCUCCUGAGUCAGGGCAUGGUGGUGCAUCUGUCGGACCACAUCAAGGGCCUGGUGCCUCGCACCCACCUCUCCGACAUCGUCCUGAAGAACCCGGAGAAGAAAUAUGUGCCGGGCAUGAAGGUGAAAUGUCGGGUUCUGUCCGUAGAACCUGAGGGUAAGAAGCUGUACCUGACCCGAAAGAAGGCUCUGGUGGAGAGCUCCCUCCCUCUGUUCCUCAGCUACUCCGACGCCCGUCCCGGCCGCGUGUCGCACGGCUUCAUCGUCUGCGUCAAAGACUUUGGCUGCAUUGUCCGUUUCUACAACGACGUGAAAGGUCUGGUGCCGCUCGGCGAGCUGAGCUCCGAGCCCAUCGUCCAUCCGGAGGAGGCCUUCUAUGUUGGACAGGUUUUGAAAGCUGCAGUUCUUCAGUGUGACCCCGAGAGAUCCAAGAUGAUUCUGUCGUUUAAGGCGGCGGUGGAGGGCGUCGCUGUCGAAGCCGCUGAGCCUCAUGUUGACUGUGAGGUGGGGAAGAAGCUGGAAGCAAAGGUGGUGAAAAAGUCGGUCAACGGUCUGGAGGUGGACAUCCUACCUGAUGAAAUCCGUGCCGUCCUACCCACAAUGCACCUGUCUGAUCACACCUCCAACUGCCCCCUGCUGUGGGAAGGCCUGCAGGAGGGAGACGUCAUCUCCAACGUCGUCUGCGUCAACAGAAAGAAGCUGAACAUCACUCUCACUAAGAAGCCCAUGCUCCGGCGGGCUCUGGAGGAAGGAGCGAUCGCCAAAGAUUUCUCCGAGGUCACUGUGGGAAUGCAGCUGGUUGGAUGGGUCAAGAACAUCAUGCCCUAUGGCGUCUUCGUGGAGUUCCCCUACGGCCUUCUGGGUCUGGCUCCCAAAUCUGCAAUGAGUGACAAGUUCAUCAGUGACGUGACCUCAGCCUUCCAGCUGGGUCAGACCGUCUUCGCCAAGGUGACCAACCUGGAUGAGGAGAAGCGGCGAUUCCUGGUCACACUGAAGAUCUCGGAGAUCAUCAGUCCAGAGGGAAACAUCCAGACGAGACUGGUCAACGGUCUGCAGGAGAGGAAAGCUGUGAAGGAAAUGCUGUCCUUGAGAGACGCCACAGAGCUGACCCAGAAUCUGGCUGCGCUGUCAGUCGGUGAGCGCCUGAAGCUGACGGUGGAUUCUGUGAAGGACAGCACCGCCAUGUUUAAGUCAGACCGCCUGACCGGGGCCACAGUUCUGGCCAGCAAGUGGCACAUGAAAGGGGUGAGCCUGACUGUUGGACAGAAGGUUUCAGCCCCCGUCCUUCACGUCGACCUUCUCUCCACUUGUGUCUAUGUUUCCGUGCUUCCCGAUCUGAUGGGGAAGAAGAAAACCCUGAAUGAAGGGUACAGAUACACUGCCACGGUGCAGCACGUCGACACCGACUUCGCUGUCGUUUCUCUGGGCGAUACGGCACAGCUGACCGUGAUCCAGACCAGGAACCACCUGAACGAAGUAGUCACGGAAGCGUCUGACAGGCUGGAGGUGGGGAGGAAGUUCUCCGUUCAAGUGGUGGAGGCUAGCUGCGAGGAGCUGCAAGGGCUCCCCCUGCUGUCGUGGGAGAGCAGCGCCCCCAAACGUCAGCGCACGACCUCAGAGGGCCAGGUGGGCUCCCGGGGCCACCGCUUUGGGGACAUCCUGCAGGCCACAGUGAGCAGCGUGAAGCCCACCUGCAUCCAGCUGACGCUGGAGGACGGAAGCAAGGGCAGCGUGCACGUGUCCCAGAUCAUGGAGCCCGACCUGGUGCGCAUUGGAUCCUUCCCAACAUCCUCGGUGAAGGUGGGCAGCCGGGUCACCGCCAGAGUCAUCGGGGGACGUGAGGCUUCCAGUCACAGAUUCCUGCCGUUCUCUCAUCCCAGAUUUACUUACACCAUUCCCGAGCUCACACUCAUACCCAGCAAACUGGACGAAAACAUUGAUUUACCACCAGUUAAGGCCAAAGAGAAGCUGGAGCUGUACAAGGCGGGCGAUGAAAUCACCUGCUUCGUGUCCAAGUUUCACGCCGACCGGAGGUCACUGGAGGUUACCCCUGAUCCGUGUGUCACCGGGACCGUAGAGCUCCUCGCCAUCAUCAGCGACCUUAAGAAUGCUCUUCACCCUGAAAAACUGUACAAGCUGGGCCAGGCAGUCCGAGCCAAAGUGGUGGAAGUGAGCGCCAAACCUCCUCGCUUCGUUCUCUCGCUCACAGGUGUCCAUAAACUGGAGGAAGGCUGCUCCACUUUGGGAAUGGUGACCGCCAUUCAUCCUCAGCUCGGCCUCCAGGUCAAGCUUCCCUUUGGUGGCAGCGGCACGGUUUCUGUCACGGACCUCGCCGACGCCUACCGGCCAAACCAGCUGCAGACGUUCAGCAAAGAUCAACUGGUCAGAUGUUUCCUCCUGUGUCAAGAAAACGGAAAGUGGCAUCUGUCUCUGCGCCCUUCACGGCUGAACUCAAAGCAGCCUAAGGCUGUAAAAGACCCCGAGGUGAAGUCUUUGGACGAGCUGCAGGCGGGACAGAUCAUCAGAGGCUUCGUCAAGUCUGUGGGGGAGCAGGGAGUCUUCAUCAGGUUGUCGAGAACAAUCACAGGAAGAGCCCAGCUUCAGCAGACCACGCAGUACUUCGUCAGCAGCCACAGCGUGCUGGCAGAACAUCUGCCCCCCAACUCUCUCCUCAGCACCAAAGUUCUCAGCAUCGACAAAGAGAAGGAGUUUGUGGAGCUUUCCCUGCUUCCUGUGGACACGGGGAAGCCCGACGUCCUGCCCGAGUCCCUGAAGCUGCCGCUGCGCCUCACCGGAGAGCAGAAGCAGAAGUACGACCUGAAGAGGAAACGCCAGCUGUCUGAGAGUGGACAGCAGAAAGGAGAAGAUAUCCCAACAAAGAAGAAGAAGAAGAAAGAGAAACGGAGAGCGAAGGCUGAUGGGGAGGACAGCGGAGUGGAAGUGUACUUCAGAGAGGAGGAGGAGGAUGAGGAAGAAAAACCUAAAAGAUCAAAGGAGACUCCCGCUUCCUCCGGUCCAUCCAGGCUGCAGGUGACAGCAGGUUUCUCCUGGGAUGAAGGUCUGAGCGCCCUGAAGCCCCCGUCUGCCGCUCAGGAGGCGGAGUCCAGCGACGCUGAAGACCACGACAGAAGUGAGAAGACCCAGAAGAAGUCUCGCCAUGAGCUGGAGCAGGAGAAGAAGGCGGCGGAGAGGGCUCUGGUUCAGCGCGAGGCAGAGCUGAUGGACCCAAACCUGCGGCCGCAGGACGCCUCCGCCUUUGAGCGCCUCAUCCUGGCCUCCCCCAACAGCUCCCUGCUGUGGCUGCAGUACAUGGCCCACCACCUGCAGGCUACGCAGAUCGAGCAGGCCCGCUCUGUGGCGGAGAGGGCCUUGAAGACCAUCUCCUUCAGGGAGGAGCAGGAGAAGCUGAACGUGUGGGUGGCCUUGUUGAACCUGGAGAACAUGUACGGGACAGAGGAGAGCCUCAAGAAGGUCUUUGAGCGAGCCGUGCAGUUCUGUGAGCCCAUGCCGGUGUACCAGCAGCUGGCAGACAUCUACAACAAGUGCAACAAAACCAAGGAGGCCGAGAGCUUGUAUAAGACGAUGGUGAAGCGUUUCCGCCAGAACAAGGCGGUUUGGCUGAGUUAUGGCUCCUUCCUGCUGCAGCAGGGUCAGAGCAACGCCGCCAGCGCUCUCCUGCAGAGGGCGCUAGCGAGUCUGCCUGCCAAAGAAAGUGUGGACGUGAUCGCCAAGUUUGCUCAGCUGGAGUUCCGUUACGGCAAUCCAGAGACGGGUCGCAGCAUGUUCGACAAGGUCCUGACCAGUUACCCCAAGCGGACAGACCUGUGGUCCAUCUUCAUCGACCUGGAGAUCAAACACGGCUCCCAGAAGGAAGUCAGGGCGCUCUUCGAUCGGGUGAUCCACCUCAGCAUUUCUGCCAAGAAGAUCAAGUUCUUCUUCAAGCGUUACCUGGAGUAUGAGAAGAAGCACGGCACGGCCGAGAGCGUCCAGGCCGUCAAAGACAAAGCCGUGGAGUUUGUGGAAGCUAAAGGUGCAGAAGGUUCCAGCUGAGGGGGGGAACUGGCGCCCCAGCUUAUCGUUUCUGGACUUUGAAGCUGUAAAUCUGCGUGGGAUCAGCCCUCUGAGAGAAACUGACGUUUGUAUGAGAAAGACUGAAGAACUCUUCUCGUUUUUAAGGAUCAAAGCAGAACUUCUGUAACUCCCUCAACAUUUCUAUGAACUUUCUUUCAAUAAAUCCAACACAUGA